ACUCCUCUCAUCCUGUCAUUGCUGAAGCAUGGGAAAGGGUUUCUACAUCAGUAAAACUGUCGGGGUAGCAGGGAUUGUGUUAGGCGCUGGAGCGCUAGCCACAAUUAUUGCUCUCUCGGUGGUCUACUCCCAAGAGAAGUCCAAGAACGAGAAUGAGGUUAAACCCACAGGUGCAGUAACGACAUCAGUUCCAACAACUGCACCAUCCAAUGAACCAUGGGACAAGUGGCGCCUUCCUCAGACUCUUAGUCCACAAACCUACAAUGUCACUCUGUGGCCACGGCUCGAGCCAGAUCCAACCCUACUCUACAUCUUCACAGGGAUGUCCAGCGUGGUCUUCAGAUGUGUGGAAAAGACAAACCUCAUCCUCAUUCACUCCAACAAGCUGAACAUGACAAAGCAACCCACCUUGACGGCACUUGGAAGCAAGCCAGCUCCUACCAUUGAAUCGAUUGUGAUGCACACAAAAACGCAGUAUAUGGCAAUCCAUCUGAAAGAAGAACUGACUGCUGGGGAAAGCUACGAGCUCUACACAGAAUUUGUAGGCGAGCUUGCAGAUGACUUGGAAGGCUUCUACCGAAGUGAAUACUAUGAGAAUGGAGUGAAGAAAGUGGUCGCCACAACCCAGAUGCAGGCAACAUAUGCCAGGAAGGCUUUCCCUUGCUUUGAUGAACCUGCAAUGAAAGCGGUAUUCCACAUCACUCUUUAUCAUGAUCCAGCAACCGUAGCCCUCUCCAAUGGGGUUGUGACAGAUGAGGUUAACAUCACAGUGGAUGGCACUCUUGUAACCAGAACAACAUUUGCGGCCACAAAAGUCAUGUCGACAUAUUUGUUGGCAUUUAUUAUCAGCGAUUUCGGCUUCAUUGAACAAAACAUCGAUAAACUGCAGAUUCGAAUUUUUGCACGUCAAGAAGCCAUAAGUGCAGGACAAGGGGAUUAUGCACUCAAUGUGACUGGACCGAUUCUCAAAUUCUUUGAGGAAUAUUACAGUGUCCCCUAUCCACUGCCCAAAUCAGAUCAAAUCGCUCUGCCAGAUUUCAACGCUGGUGCAAUGGAAAACUGGGGCUUAAUCACAUACAGAGAGACAGCCCUGCUGUACGAUAAAGAAAUAUCCUCAAAUGGAAACAAAGAGAGAAUUGUUACUGUUAUCGCCCAUGAACUUGCCCAUCAGUGGUUUGGAAACCUUGUGACUCUCAGGUGGUGGAAUGACCUUUGGCUCAAUGAAGGUUUUGCAUCUUAUGUAGAAUAUCUUGGAGCAGAUAAAGCUGAGCCGAAUUGGAACAUUAAAGAUUUGAUCGUUCUUAAUGACGUGCACCGAGUUUUUGCCAUAGAUGCAUUGGCCUCAUCUCACCCCUUGUCAUCUAAAGAAGAGGAGGUCCAAAGACCCGAGCAAAUCAGUGAAGUUUUUGAUACGAUUUCCUACAGUAAGGGGGCAUCAGUACUUAGGAUGUUAUCAGAUUUUCUAACUGAGACAGUGUUUACCCAAGGCAUCACGACUUACCUGAAUCAUUUUGAAUUCAACAACACAGUGUAUACAGACCUUUGGCACCAUCUUCAACAGGCUGUGGACCGCACCGGCACUGAUCUUCCCAAAACUGUGCAAGAGAUUAUGGACCGCUGGGUUCUUCAGAUGGGCUUCCCCGUGGUCACUAUUGACACUACAACUGGCCAAAUCACACAGGAGCACUUCCUCCUGGACCCUGAAUCUAAACCAAGCAGGACAUCAGAAUUUAAUUAUGAGUGGUUUGUACCAAUUUCGUGGACAAAGAAAGACACAGCAAAGCCCCUAUAUUGGCUGCUAAAGAAAACCGACCAAUCAAAUGACAUGAAAAGUGCUGAUGAGUGGGUUCUGGCCAAUAUCAAUGUGACAGGAUACUACAGGGUCAACUAUGAUAAUAAUAACUGGGAACGCCUACUUAACGUACUCCAGAAUUCAAGACAGAGCAUUCCAGUUAUUAACCGGGCGCAGUUAAUUGAUGAUGCUUUUAACUUGGCCAAAGCAGGAAUUAUUGAAACGACAUUGGCUCUAAAAACCACACUCUUCCUAAACUCGGAAACUGAGUACAUGCCGUGGGAGGCUGCUCUCGAUAACCUGGACUACUUUUACCUCAUGUUUGAUCGCACAGAGGUGUACGGCCCCAUGCAGAAGUACGUUGGUGGAAAGGUGAAAGAUCUGUUUGAUUACUUCAAAAGGAUUACAAAUUGGGAGGAUGUGCCUGAUGGACACACUGACCAGUACAAUCAGAUAAAUGCACUCAGAGUUGCCUGCAGCACUGGAAAUGAAGAAUGUAAGACUCUUAUAAAAGAAUGGUUCCAACUGUGGAUGGACAAUCCAAAUGUCAACCCUAUUAAGGCCAACUUGAGGUCCACAGUGUACUGCAGUGCCAUUGCAGCAGGUGGUGAGACGGAGUGGAACUUUGCCUGGGAGAUGUUUGGAAAUGCUACUAUUGCUUCAGAGAAAGACAAACUGAGAGCUGCAAUGGCAUGUGCCACCGAGCCGUGGUUACUGAACAGGUAUCUCAAAUACACUUUGGAUCCAGAAAAAAUUCGGAAACAAGAUGCCACCUCUACCAUCAUCUACAUUGCAAGCAAUGUGGUCGGCCAAGGGUUGGCCUGGGAUUUUGUUAGAGCCAACUGGGAGUACAUUUUCAAACAGUAUGGAGGUGGAUCUUUCUCGUUCUCUAAUCUGAUCAAUGGCGUCACAAAGAGAUUCUCAACUCAGUUUGAAUUGCAACAGCUGAUACAGUUCAAAGAUGACAACGCUCACAUUGGUUUUGGGUCAGGGACCCUUGCUAUUCAACAAUCCAUCGAGAGGACUAAUGCCAACAUCAAAUGGGUCGAAAAGAACCAAAAAGCAGUCUUAGAUUGGUUCAGAAAUAACUCAUAAGACCAUUAUAACUCUGAAAGAUGCACAUACUGUAGUUUGUUGUUGUUGAACACUGGGACAUUCUUUUACUUGACCUAGAUGAGCAUUAAGGGAAAUGAUUAUUUAUUAUGGAUGACCUUCUAAAUACAAAUAUAUUCCAGAGCAACUUUCUUCCUAUGAUGAUGUACAGUAUAUAAAUAUCUUUCUUUAAGGCAUGCUUUAUAAUUUUCUGUUUUCCCUUUUCUUUUUUUAUAAAAAAAUGAAUUGUGUAAUGACAAAAUAAUUUAAAAUGAAACAGAACGGAAUAUGCAAACAGUACAGAACUGUUCUGUAUUUAUCAUUUUAAUUUUUUGUCUAAUGAAAAUAAAAACCUCAAUCCAUGAACUAAA